ACCGAAGACCGCAUCGACUGGACGCGCUCCUUCCACGGGCUCAGCGCAACCCCCUUCCCGAAAGAAUGCGCCGACAUCCUCCUCGCCCCGACGGACCCCGAAGAAGUCGAAAUCAAACCCGACGGCAUUCUCUACCUCCCUGAGAUCAAGUACCGACGGAUACUGAAUAAGGCGUUUGGACCCGGUGGAUGGGGUCUUGUGCCGAGGAGUGAGAGUAUUGUUACGCCGAAGAUGGUGACUAGGGAGUAUGCGCUUGUUUGUAAUGGAAGGUUGGUUUCAGUGGCUCGCGGCGAACAGGAUUACUUCUCCCCGGAUGGAAUCCCCACUGCUACAGAGGGAUGUCGGUCGAAUGCGUUGGUGCGGUGUUGUAAGGAUCUAGGCAUUGCGAGUGAGUUGUGGGAUCCCAGGUGGAUUCGCAAGUUCAAGGCGCAGUAUACCCGCGAGGCGUUUGUGGAGCAUGUGGUGAAUAAACGGAAGACGAAGAUUUGGGUCAGGAAGGAUGAUACUGUCGGGUAUCCGUGG